ACGGAAGGGAGGGCUGCUUCUGGAGAAGACAGGGUUGCCGGGCGGACCGCGGGAACGCGCUCCGGGGGGUGGGGACGCACGAGCUCACCACAGCUCAAUGACAAAUCGACUAGGGACAGCUGGGGUCCGGCCCCAGGACGGGGCGGGGCGCCCGUGAGAGCGGCGAUUCUGGUUGUGCGCACAGCCAGAGCGGCGGUGGGACCGGCUUCCCCAGCUCCUCAUCUGGGCCAUCUGUCUGUGUGUCACCACCUCAGACCAGCAGAAUGGCUGCCAACAAAGGCAAGAGCCAGGGCUCCCUGGUACUUCACAAGGUCAUCAUGGUCGGCAGCGGAGGGGUCGGCAAGUCAGCCUUGACACUUCAGUUCAUGUAUGACGAGUUUGUAGAAGACUAUGAGCCCACCAAAGCUGACAGUUACAGAAAGAAGGUGGUUCUCGAUGGAGAAGAGGUUCAGAUAGACAUCCUGGACACAGCCGGCCAGGAGGACUAUGCGGCCAUCCGUGACAACUACUUCCGAAGCGGAGAAGGCUUUCUGCUGGUGUUCUCCAUCACGGAGCACGAGUCUUUCACUGCCACGGCCGAGUUCAGGGAACAGAUCCUCCGAGUCAAGGCCGAGGAGGAUAAGAUCCCACUACUGGUUGUGGGCAACAAGUCCGACCUGGAGGAGCGGAGGCAGGUGCCCGUGGAUGAGGCCCGAGGUAAAGCGGAAGAGUGGGGUGUGCAGUAUGUGGAGACAUCGGCCAAGACCCGCGCCAACGUGGACAAGGUGUUCUUUGAUCUGAUGAGAGAAAUCCGGGCAAAAAAGAUGUCGGAAAACAAGGACAAGAACGGCAGGAAAAGCAGCAAGAGCAAGAAGAGUUUCAAAGAGAGAUGCUGCUUGCUGUGAGCGGGCUGCGGACCCAGAAGAGUGGGCCACCCUGCAGCGCAGCGAGCCUGAGGUGGCCUUCCCUCCCGCCUGGCUCCCCACUCGCUCUCCACAGCUGCAUUCACUAUCGCUUCUUGAGAUGGGACAGAUAUCCGUGUGCAUCAGUGGCUGGCAGAAGAAAGAAACCUUUGUCUGUGUAAAUGCAUCCGUUAACUUUGCCAGGAGCUUUGAGAGUCUGCCCCCUCCCACCCUUCCCGAACCAUGACCACCACCAGCUCUGGGGUCCUAAUGCCGGAGACCAGGAAUCUGAGUGUGACAAGAAAGAAUAUUGCCAACUUACUCCCCUUCGUUCUAGGACACGGUCACCUUUCGUUGGAAAAUUAAAAUGCUUCAUAUUAGCUGGGCGUGGUGGUAUACCCCUGUAGUCCCAGAACUCUGGAAGGUAAGGCAGGGAAGAUAGCCUGAGCCCAAGGCCAGCCUGGGCUACCUAGCAAAACCCUGUCUCUAAAAGAAAAAAGAAUUAUCAUCUAUCUUAUUUUCUUAGAUUUUAAAAGAGAGUCUCAGGCAAGACCCCUCGUCAGUUCUUAUCAGUUUAGAAGUAGACAGAAAAAAACAAAACAAAACAAUCUAAGCUCAGGUAAUACUGAAAAAGCCAAAACAACUUGUUUCUUUUCUUUUUUAAAAGAUAAGCUUGUGUAGUUUGGAAGCAGAAUUAGAAAGACGGGCUUCACUUGGGCCGGAUAGGCUGAAGCCAGCUUCCUGGCGUUUGUAGAGAAAGUGGGACUCUGUUCCCUUCCUAUUUAAAUGCCAGCCAGGUGCUGGCUGUGGGCUUCCCUCCUCAGCACCCUUACUAAGUGAGGAAACUGUGUGGGGGAGAUGCAGGCCUGCGCCCCAUAGUGAGCUUUUGCUUUUUCCGACUGGGUCAUUUCACGUCUUCUGGUUCCCCCCACACCAGCCAUUAGGCCUGUUCUUUUUCUCCCUUCUGAAGACUGUGACCAGUUCGAAUUAUGACUCAGAACAUGGGGCCAGCACCAGCUACCUCUCCAGACUCCUGGUGACUCUCACUUUACAAGUAGAUGAAGGGAAGGCUCGGAAGGAAGGGCCAUCUCCUGUGGCUCCCGGCAGCUGGCUCUGGUGGCACUAAGAUGAGCCGGGUUCCAGAGGCUCACACCCACUCUCUGUUAAGCUUCUUCACAGGGAACGGGAUUCAGGGACAGGGGCUGCCACUCAGCACACACACUCCUCCCAUUUUCCAGAAGUGAACAUUUCAUAUUUAGGUGCCGAAUGUGAAUCUGGGUGGGGAGAGCGGGAGCCCUUCAAAUGGAUGUUUUUUACGGAGGUUAUGGGAACUAAGGUCUGACCCCUGGAAACUGAUCUUGUGUCACUUCCAAAGAACCAUGGGCUUUUUGGAAUAAAAAAAAUUUUCAUGUUUCAGAA